AUGGAGGUUGACAGCAACUCACGUUCUGCUCCGGCUCCUGUCUGCGCUGCCUUUGCUCAGGCAUCUUGCGCUGUCCCAGGCGAAAUCGGUCGACGACUAAGGAGGGAGGACAAGAAGAAGGGAAAGGAAAGACGAAGACAGCACGUUCCAGAUGGCAGCGGCGCAGUCGGGCGCCUCGACUGGCGCUAUAGGACGCUAAAGAAACGUGCUGGGGCCAGCCGGCUGGAACCUGCCGCCCGCGCUCUUUGUCGCCUCCGACGUCCACCCCUCAACCCCACGCUCCGAGCGCCCCUCAAGCAGCCACGGAGUACAGUUGUGACGGUCUCGACGCAUACUUCAGCGCGUGGGUCGCGCAACGCUCUGGCCGGCCCUUCCCCCAGCUCCCCCCGAUCCCAUUUCCCUACGCACUCGGAGCCUCGAGUAUGGCUGAUCUCAUCCGGAGACUCGCCCCUCGGGAUCUCCCUGACGCGCCAGCUCCUUGCGCAUGGGGAUUGCGUGGUGAGCGGGCUGGUCCCGUCGAAUCUUCUUCGAGAUGAGAAUCGUCGCGAGCAAUUCGAGGAUUUUCUGGCGGAGGUGGAGAGGAACAAGGAGGACGAUUGGAAGAUUUACUCUGACACGACCCAUGAAGCCAUUGUAGGAACCGUCGAAGAGUUGGCUGCGUCUCGGACGACCCUAAGCCUCGUUCGGGACCAGUUCGAAACAAAUUACUUUGGUCCCGUAAACAUCAUUAAAUCAGCACUUCCCCAUAUGCGGAGACAAAAAUCAGGGCAUAUUAUGGUACUUUCUGGUAUAACUGCGCACAUUGGUACACCUGGACUGGGAGUGUACUGCGCGUCAGAGUGGGCACUGGAAGGAUAUUGCGAUAGCAUUGCCUACGAAAUCGCGCCGUUCAAUAUCAAAGUGUCCAUCCUUCAGUGCAGCAUUGAGAUCCGCAUCCUUACGAACCUGAUAACUAGCGUGCCUCCAAUCCUUCCAGCUUACUCCGCGCCUACCAACCACGCUCCUCUCUUUCGCAACAUCUUGAACGGUCUUCUAUCCCGCUUGCCACAAGCGGACCUUGAAGCUGCCAGUCCAGCCAACUCCGGCGACAGCGCCUCCUCCUCGACCAACAUAGCCAAUGGACAGGAUCCAACCCCAGAUGGCUCGCGAAGAUACCUGCCGUUUUCAGCCCCGGAGGUGGUCUCAAUGUAUCCUCCCUUGAGCGCCGCACACCUGGAAGCCCUGACCGCAGAGACGGUGCAUGCCAUUACAGCAAUUGGCGGCCACGAAAACCCGCCUUCCCGUCAUAUCAUUGGUCAAGAGGGAGUUGCAAGCGUCAAGGAGAAGCUGAAAACAGUUAGUGAAGAGCUGGAGGAUUUCAUCCAGGCCAGCUGCGCGGUGGAUAUUACUUCUAACGACAAUCCUACGCAAGACUUAAGUCAGGAAGGGAUGUGA